AUGCUUUCUACAAUGGUCCGCCCGGAGGACGCCAUCAGGAUGCCUCGUUCAUACCGAAGCGACGUGGAUGAGGAGGAUACUAGCAGGCGAACUCCGGAACAGAACACCCUCUCCUCUUCGUCCUCCUCUUCUAACAAUGACGCGGCGGCAAAAAGCGAGGACGAGGUUACACUGGUGAACGGGUCUGCUGGUGAUGGUCGCAGCAGUAGCCUAGGGAAACAUCAGACGGGUCCCCGUCUUUUGUCACCCGACGAAACGAUUGAAUUGGCGCGGCGAGCAGUGGAAAACGGCAUCCAAGAGACCAAACGCUCCCUAGCAGGCAGUGAGGCAGUCAGCGAUGUGGUGAAGCCAAAAUUGACCAUUGACUUGGGCCAUUCCAACAUUGUCCGUAUACCCGAAGCGGUAGUUGACAUCAUCAAAGAUGAAGUUGAACGCCUCUCGCUAUCGAAUAAUCACCUUUUCCAUAUACCCUACCGGUUCGCAGAAUGUUCCCAUCUUCGGUAUCUCAAUAUUCGAGCGAAUAGUUUUCGAGAAUUUCCCAAGGGGGUAUAUAAAUUGCCGCUUCUUGAAAUCUUAGACAUCAGCCGCAAUAAGAUCGGCCACCUCCCAGAGGAAAUCAAGAAAUUGUCCUCGCUCCGGGUCCUAUCGGUAAUGCAGAACCGCCUUGAUGAUUUGCCUCUGGGGAUCUCCGACAUGAACAAACUUCAAAUUCUUAAAGUAGCCGGGAACCCCUUGCGGGGCCCCCUGCGACGGCUUCUCGAGACGUCUGAGACAGAGUUCGCCCCCUCGACAAUGACGGAUAAUGAGAAGGAGGUCGCGGUUACUGCCGAGCUGAAGCGGUUCUUGAAAACCAAACAGCCUGUUACGACUCUGGAAGUCGAGAGGAACGAGCUCAGCGAGGGCAUGUUGGACACCCCUAAACCCGUCAAACGCGGAGUGAGCAGUCGGUUUCCGGUGAUCCCCAGCACCGGUGAUCUUUCUUCCGACCCAAAGUCACCGUCCUUGUCUCGUCCUCCGCCCAUACCUCUCAAAUCGCACUAUCGCAUUGCUUCGGGACAGCAUUCGGUCUUCCAGGGCGGUUUUCUCCCACGUUCCGGCGCUAGGCCUCUCGCUGGAGUCAAUGAACGCAACCGGAGCAACAGUGAAGGAAUCAUCCAGGCCUCUCUGGCCGCGCGUAACAAGCGGAUGGGAGUUAUCCGGAAGAAUACCGACUUAGGGACGUUGGACGAGACCCGGCCGUAUCGGAACAGUCAUUUACGGGGUUUGAGUUAUGGCUCUAUCCUUCGCACUCGGCCCAUUGCAGCCGUGUGCAACAGUAACUCUUCGAGCCCCAGUAGCCCGAGGGAACGAAGGCGCUUAAAGGAUGGCUUUGUCAAUCGAAUGUCGAGUCUGCCAGAACACAAGGGCGAAAGGGAAACCGCGGAACCUAUCAUCGAGUGUGCAAAGGGGAUUCUUUUUGCACUCUUCCAAGUGCAGUCGAAUGUUUCCUCUCUGAUCAAUGUGAUCAAACGCGAUGAUGCUCGGCGCAACAGUCUCGAGAUCGUGUUCUACAACGCUUCUACCCACGUUGAACGUCUAAAUGAAGCUAUAGAGAAUGCGGAGCACCAUUCUGACGAGGUGGAUGCUGUGCGCUUGUCGAAUGAGGCCGUCAAAAGGGAAUGCGAGACAUGCAUAAUUGCGUACACUCAUGUUGGAACGCAACUACGCAAUAGCAUCGACAAGAUAGUCGCCAAUGGCGACCCACGCUACUUGCGUUCCUUGAUGCUCAUGAUCUUUGGCAGCGUAGUUGAACUGCGCAACGCCUGUGCGAGCUUGGGCAUCCCACUCCAAACCCGCAAGCCGCCCUCUGCGACAAAGCCUUCUAUACCUGAAAUCAAAGAGUCGGCUAGCUCGGACCGCUUCCUUGGACCAACAGUCACUCCAACCAGAGGGAGGGAACAUUCUUUGUCGACGCGCCGAUUGCGAAGUGACACCACAAUCCAGCACCCUCAGAUCACUACGACUGGGCCUUUCCAGGCUGCUCAAAACUACCAGUCCGCUGUCAGUUCGCCUGGCUUUGCUCCGACUCCGUUCAGCCUUGGGGCACGAAGCCGGUCGAGUAGCAGGUCUAAUCAUAUCAACACAUCCGUACCGUCGUCACUCGCGACCCCUCGUUCAGGCGAGUCAUUCCCUCCAAUGCCCAGCGCCGUUGUACCUCGAAUCAAUCCCUUGACAGGCCUAGAUGAGAUCGAGGAGGAGCGAAUCUUUGAAAAGAUCUUCUAUCAACUUACCUCUGCCUACACCGCUGCCCUCCAAGCGUUGCCUUUGGCGCGCCGUCAACUAGUGCGAUGCCAUGAGGUAGCGGAGCAGGAACAUGAAUCCGAGGGCAUAUUAAUGCUAUGGAACAAUCUGAUCCGGCGGUGUCGGGUAUGCUUAGAAGUAUCCGAGGCCCUGGGUCUUCGUCUCUCUAACAUGAAGGUAAAAGAGCCUGGUGGCGGAAUGCGGAACCAGCGUGAGUUCUGGCAACUCUGCAAGGCGUUUAUGCAGUCCUUCGUCGAUCUAGUUACCGACAUGAGGGAGGUUCGAAGUAUGCAGCUCCUCCCGGGUGAUAUCAUUGUCAUACUCCGUCCAGUCCAGAGAGCAAGCAGAGAAGCAGGUCGGUUGAUCGACGCCUCGCCGUGGUCUUAUCUUGCCGAUAUGGCUCCAAGCAACGCAGCAGCAAACAUUUACGGGCCCCCGCUACAAUCUCAGCAUUCACAGCACCAAAAUACCGCAUCCAACGCAAGCAGCUUUCAUUUGAACUCCGGCGUCUCCCCGCAAUCCGUCCAUCUCCCGGCGACUCCGCUAAGUGCUGCCCUUGGUCCAGCCGCGCAGGCAACCGUGCCUUCUACCCCCGCAAGUGCGUACAGUGACAAAUUCUUCGAAGGGGAUGUGUUUCAGAGAGCUGACUCGUUGCUCUCAAUGCCCAAUCAGGCGCCAUUUUUCAGUCGUCGCCGAGAUUUGCAAAGAAACAUGUUUGAUACCUCCACGGGAUACACGAGUGAGCAAUAUCCUGCAUUUCCCACAAACAAGACUAGUCAUUACUCGCAUAUGCCGUCGCCUACUGCCUGCACAAUGACAGACAGCUGCACAUACUUACACACAGACAAGGAAAUACAACACACAGACAUAGAAAUAUGA